AUGUUAGUGUGGCCACUGGCUGUUCUGGUGGUGGCAGUGGGUACUUGGGCCAUGCCAGUGCAAGAUGCAGACUUCAGACCACCCCCAAUGCCUUUGUUAGCUGACCUGAUGGAGUCUGCUGGGGAUCAACCCUUGGAAUCUUUAGCCGACUUGGACACCUUUGUGGACACAGUGCGGAAGCUCGCACAUCUACAGAUCUCAAAGGCCUUUUCGGUGGAGACCCGAAGAGUCAAAAGAGCUCUGGAUAUAGAGUCCGUCAAUGUGACUGGUACACAUCCAUAUGACUUGGGGUUGAUGACGUACCUCAAGAGGGUGACAAGUUUUAAAGUGUUGAGAAGCAAGGGCAAGACCUACUGUAUUGUAGGUGGCUACAGAAAUGAGACGCAGGUAAUCGUGGAAAUGUCCUGGCCUGAGCACAAAAUACUACAAGUUGUAGAGUUUGAGCUUUCUUCUACAAGUUUUGAUAAAGUUGACAAGAUAACGGUUUAUAUGCAUAUGAGUUUUGUGUGGGUGGCCAUGGGUUCAUCAUCUGCACAUUUAGUGACAAUAGUGUGCAUGAACCCAGCGAAUGGUCAAGUGGCAGUUCCACAAAACAUCCCUGUCCAAUUGCUAGGUGGCCUCCACAUGUUCCAAGCUAGUGGAGAGUUAUUCCUCGUGGUCGGUGAAAACGACCGGGGAGCCUUGAGUGAAGUGGGGGUGGACUCUGCGCUCUACAUGUUGAUGGGUAAAUACUUUGACCGUGUGGAUGGUUUACGGCUGAGGACUAAAGGUGUGCAGGCCGUCACGGGAUUUGCCGAUGGUGGCAACCACUAUUUAGUCUUUGGUAUGAAAAGUGAUGAAGGGUCACAAGUGUACAAGUUUGACUCACUGAUGUAUUCCAUGGAGCUGAUCCAGCAGCUGCCAGACACUGAUGUCCUGCAGGUCCUUCACUAUGUGGACAGACACGACCGUAAACAUUACUUGAUUACUGUCAACAAUGGUGCAACACCCAAGAUCUAUUGGUGGACCAGAGAACAGCUGCAGGAGUGGCAGAUAUUGGAAUCCAGUCCCAUAGAUUAUGGCAGUUCAAUUGCUAUUCAUUUCCUGGACAACUUGGAAAACAUAAUCUUCUUGUCUCAUGGGUCGGAGAUCACAUUCUACACGGACAACAUGUCGGCUCAUUAUUUUCCGUCGUACACCUUAAAGACCUCCUGCAUCUCUAUUGGUAAUCUGUAUGGUUUGAGGAUGUUAAAGGACUACAUCAUUACUUACACAUGCCAGCAACCCUACACUGGUGAGGUUACUAUUGAAGGGAAGAUGUUGCUGUUCCAUGAAGUGAAAUUAGCUGAAUCUGAGGAGAGGGCAGACUCCCUUCUGAAGUGUCUUGAUGAAUUAGGAACUGCUCUGAACAACAGUAAGGGUGAUAUAGACUACAUAUCUGGCGUCCUUUCAUCUAGUGCCUUAAUGACGGUCGACGAUGAACAAGUAUGGAAAGGGCCGGUGAUCUUCUCAAAGGGGUUGACGGUGACUGGUACCACAAUAUUUGAAGAUUCGCUGAGGAUCGACGCUUCAGCAAAUACUACAAACAUGGAGUCUUUUACAGAAUUUAUUUCACUCUUCACAAGUUUACAGCUUUCUGUGAACUCGUUGGUAAAACAGUCGGAGGGAGUUGUGUACUUCACGGGUAACCAGGCACUGAGGGGGCCCAUCACUGUGUCAACCUUAAGAGUUAACAGGACAAACUUUGAUGUUCUUAAGAUCAGAAAUGUGAAUGGUGUUGCCAUGUUGGAUUUGAAAAAAGAGUUCCUCAUCACUGGGAUUGAUCAGGUCAUCAACACCAACGUGACAGCCAGUUCUAUAACAACAGAUGUAUUCACCACACGCAGUGUAUCUCCUUCAUCAACUAUUAAUGGUAUCUUAACGACAGAGUUUAUGCGUAAAAGUGUUAGUGAACAAGUGGUAACUGGUGACCACACGUACAGUACCGUGACGUGUGAUGGCAUUACUAAUACAAUAGGUGGCACCAAAUCGCUCCUCAUCAAUGGAAUUAAUUCAUCAACCAUCGUCACCAAGGGUUCCAGUGUAACAUUCUUAGAUGUGAAAAAUUUCAAAAAGUUAACCAUACAAGGACCAGUUAACACAGGACUAGUUAAUGGGGUGGAUGUUAGAGACCUGAACAGUAGGGUGAUUUACACAGACACAACAAAGCAACAGUUACUAGCAGACUCCUACACAAUGGCUCGUGUUAAAGUGAUUGGCAAUGUUGAUGUCCCCUCUAUUAAUGGUAUCAACUUGCGUGACUUGGACGCAUCUGUUGUCAAAAGAACGGGAGAUUUCACCCUGAAAGGUGCCGUAACAUACGAGAAAAGCCUUACUAUAACUGGAAAUCUUUGGACUACCUCUAUAAAUGGUGUGGAGUGGGACGACCUUGUGGAUUUCAACUCGAAGGACACUAUCAGUGGCAACUACUUCAUCGAUAAUGUGUAUGUGUCCGAUGCCAUCGAGUGUAACAACAUCAAUGGACUAGAUCUGAGUCAAGAUGUGGUGCUUGUGGAUACCACACAGACGAUUCAUGGACCUAUCACCUUCACUAAAGACGUGUUAGUGACUGGUGCAGGUGGUGUACUAAUGGGUGAUGGGGCCACUAUCAACAACAUUGACCCAUCAGAACUACAGACGAGUACAGUGAGCCAAGGUGUCUUGGUUGUGAAGGAUGCAGCAACAUUCAGUGUCCCUCUUAAGGGUUCUGGUGAUGUCGUGGCCAGCACUAUUAAUGGCUUGGUGCUGGAUGGUAUAACAGACCGCUACUGGAGACGUUCUGUGGACCAAGAUAUUAAUGUCCAGGUCCACAUCAACAAUGCAGUUUUCCUUAAUACUGUGAAAGGAUCAAGUAUUAAUGGUAACCAGAUGACUGACUAUCUCAACUUGGGUGGUUCACAACAAAUAUCUGGGUCAUAUAAUUUCCAGAACAUGGUAACAGUGCUGGGGAACCUGGUGUUGGGUCCUGGCAGCACUGUGAAUGGCAUUGAUGUGGUGGCACUGAAUAACACAGUAAUGACCUUACUUGGUGACCAAACCAUUGAAGGACCCAUGGACUGUGCGAGCCAAAUGACCAUCGCUGAGCUCAACCUUUAUGGCAGAUUGAAUGGCAUAGAUAUGAUGAGAGAUCUAAUGAGGCUUGACCAAAGCUUGGUGCAUACAGGACACUUGACAUUUACAUCUAAAACUACAGCAACAAAUGUGAUUAUAAAUGGUGACUUGACUGUGGAUUCUCUUAAUGGGUUUGAUGUGGGACUAGCGGCAGCAGAUAUGGUAAUGGUCGAUGAAGAUGCCACCAUCAGAGGACCAUUUGGCCUUCGGUUCAUCGGUGAUCUCAGCGUAACCACUCUUGAAGUGAGAGGCACUGUGGAUGGAGUAGACUUUGAAGACUUGAUGCAGCGAGCCCUCCUGAAGUCUUCACCAAGGAACCAACUCGUCAGAGGCCACAUCACAGUAAUGGGUGCUGUACACUUCAGACAGGCGCCUUCCCUAGUUGACGUUAACUCCAAGAAGUGGGAGAUCCACCUGGAUGAUGUUGUUUUAAAGGACUUUUCUGGGAAAAUAUCUGGAACAAAAACAUUCCUUAAACCAUUGAAUAUCCUUGGAAAUUUUGACCCUGCUACUAUCAAUGGUAUAAAAGUGGCAGACCUGACUACCAGAUACCUCACCAAAUCAAGUGAACAGAUCAUCCACAGUCACUAUACCUUCACCUCCAGUAUAACAUUCACCCACUUGUCGUCGCCAGUCAUUGAUGGUGUCAAUAUGAGUCAAGUACUGAUGACUGACCAGACAGGUUAUCUGGGUGGUACAGCCAUCUUCCUUCAAAACUUGACCUUCUUGGGAGAUGUUAUGUCUAAAGAGGACACUCUAGGUGAAUGUGAUCUGAAGAAGCUUGAUAAACUGGCAAUUCAGAAGGACAAAUAUGGGAAUAUUGAAAUUUAUUCACCAGUGCAGAUGAAAUACUUGACCAUAAUAGGCACUGUGAACUCAGCAGCUGCUGUACUGGCAGGAACAGCACAGAAGGUGGAUUUGGAGUACUUUCUCAACACACUCGUUCUCAAGUCACAGACGCAAGAUAUUAAUGGAGCUGUUGAAUUCCUUGGGGAUGUCAACAUAACUUCUCUAUAUGUGAACACAAUCAAUGGUGUAAACAUGGUGGACCUCUACAAAUAUGGUGUUAUGGACAAUGAAGACACUGUUAUUACAUGCAACUUGGAAUUCAGCAAACCACUAACUGUAAACAACAUGGUGGUAACCUCCUCUGUGUCAGGCCGAUCUGAUGGUGGGGUCUUGGUGAAUGAUGUAAAUAUCACACAUCUCGAGACACAGGCAGUUCGUACUGGUGGCCAAACGUACGUCAUUACAGGGAAAAAAACUUUCUCCAAAGGAUUUUCCACGUACAACCUCAUUGUCAACAAAACCCUGGGUGGUGUGGCAGUACAAGACCUGGUGACAUUCUCAGGUGUUGGAUCUUUAGCGCAGGAUGUCAUCUUUCAUGCUCCCAUCAUUGUUCGUGGAAACCUGCAGGUAUUGGGUUUGGUGGAUGGUGUGAAUCUCUCCCAGGUGUUCGCCUCGAGGGUGACGCUCCAUGGGAUGCAGACUGUGUACGGUAACUGUGAAUUUGACUCCAUCGUUGUGGAAGGAGACUUGGAAGUUGAGAAGAUCAAUGAUGUCUUGAUAUCGGACCUUGUUAUGAGGAAUGGCAAUUCACAGAUUAUCAAUGGACAGAAGACUAUUGAUGGAGGUCUUAUUAUCAUAGGAAACAUAAAUACUACUCUACUGAAUGGUAUAAAUAUUCCACAUCUGGACAGUAUUAUUGUGAGAAAAGACAGAAAUACUACAAUAACUCACCCAGUGGUAUUCAAAAAUUCAGUGAGAACAUUAUCAGGGGUGGAGGUUGAUGGCACCGUGGGCAGCAUCGACGUACUAAACCUCCGGCAGAAUGUGAUGAUGCUCGGCAAGGACACGGAGAGCCGCUACAGAGAGAUAAUGAUACUAAAGCAACAACUUAUUAAUAUAACUAGUGCAAAUUAUGCUGGAAUGAAGGGUAUGUUUUCAGUACUGGCUUAUUUGGAGAAGAAAAGCUUCCGUAAUCUUGACUACUAUGGUGGUGUGACCUUCAUUAGGAACUAUAACCUUGAACCUGACAACAAUUUCCUGAGCGUGAAAAACUGUGACAGAGAUUGUUUAUGUGGUGCCAAAACCAGAUUGUAUAGGGUCAGCACCACUGGCACCAUAGCUUCAGUGGCAAGUCUGGUAUCUCCUGGGUCACUUUUUAUAUUAAGCCACCCAUCUGCAAACCUUCAAGUAACCUUAAAUUUAACGUGUGCUGGUGGUGUGUCAACAAGUUUUACAUUUGAAGCAUUAAGAAAUGGGUAUUUGUAUCCACUACUGAGGACACGUAUGUCACUGGGAUUGAUAACAGAUGCAGGCCUGUUUGUGGACAGAGGUGCCACCUACAUUGUGACAGUAGCAAUGUUUGCAAAUGCGACAGACUCUGUGGUAAAGCCAAUUAUAAGUACACUAAAGUUUGAUGCUAGUACCUCCAGCCUGACGAGUGUGUGGGAGGAGAGGACCCAGAGGAGUGCUGCAAAGUUGGACCUAACUAUUAUAAACAAUAUAUGGUUCCUGUUGGUGGCUAAUCAGCUGGGAAUAGACAGUGUGGACAUGUAUACAACUGUCUCAAAACUGUACACUUGGAACAGUACCCAACAGAGAUUUAUUCCAAAAGGAGAGUAUGUUGCUGAUCAUGUAACUUCAGGGAUGUUUUUGAAGACAUAUCAACCGGUUGAGGAGAAUUUAUUCACAUUAACACAACUGAAGGCAGCGAAAUAUCCACUCUUUGAAGAAAAUCUUGAGUAUACGAAGAAAGUAUUGGUGUUCCGGAACAAUGAGAUGGACAGUUUUGUUGAGUUUGAGUCCUUGGAUACUGUAGGAGUUGUUGAUCAAGCUACCUUUACUGUGGGUGACAGCCUGUACCUGCUUCUGCUGUCAGAGGUGAAAGAAAAGCUGGAUGUCUAUGAAUAUUUUCCUCUGGAAGGCUUCAAACUGUGUCAGAAAGUGCCGAUUGAGAAACCCUAUGCAGUAGAGGUCAUGAAGUUACCAAGUGCAACCUUCGUUAUCAUUUCCAGCAGGUCACCACCAGGAUUUUGGAAGCUAAAAGUUAAAACCAAGGGUGUGGAUUCAAGUUUAUUACUACAGUGAUCUCUAAUGUAUUUACCAACUGUUAAGUUUAUUACUCUCAAAUGAGUCUGUUAUGUUUUAGAGCUUUUAUGAAUAUAUAAUUAAAUUUUAUACAUGAACCAGCACAGUGUUUAAAUGGUAGUUAGUUUCCAAGUACAGAGAAAGGUAUUAACCAUAGUCCAUUCUUAAUUCUUUUGCUAUGUAUUUGAGGAUGAAUGAAAUACA